AUGGUCCCUGUCUCCCCCUCCCCGACUCUCUCCCUCUCCUCCCCUCUGUUGCCGACGAAAGCCGAACAUUACUGGGAGCUGGAGCACGCUGACGGCCCUCACAUCCCCUGCCACGCCUUCGACAAGAAGUGCAUCUCCAAGCACCUGGCCCGCAUCCGCGAGAAGACGCACACGAACGGGAGGUCCAAGGCCGUCCACAACCACGUCCACGUCCAGAACGAGCCACGGAUAAAGGCUCCUUGUCAAGGCGAGCUGGAGCGGGCGCUGCAGAAGUUUGCGAUGCUGCUGAGGCAGACCCACGAGACCCUGUACCGCAUCCCCAUCCCUAACUGCGACAGGAAGGGAUUCUACCACCCGAAGCAGUGUCACCCUUCCCUGGACGGACAACGUGGCAAGUGCUGGUGUGUGGACGUGAAGACGGGGGUGAAGCUCCUGGGGUCCCCGGAGGUUCAGUGGGACGUGGAUUGCCAGCUCUUCCUCGUGGGGCAGGCGCAGGACUGACGGGGGUGGUGGAGGGGGCUGCUGUAGCCGGGGCCUCGCGGAGCCUCCCACACACCCCGCCCGCCCCCCCCCCCACCUCCUCCCUCCGAGUAAUCUUUUGGUGCUGUUUUUGUAGAAGGGGUGAAUUGGAUCUGGUGCGGCAGCACAUCGAGUGGGCGGGAGUGCCUCUCGUCCCCCCCCCCACCCCAUCCCACAUUUAAAAAUGUUUCGCACACCUUCGUAUCUCUCUGCCGCUUACACGCUCCCAACAGGUCAGCUGGGGAAUUGGGCGCCUCGGCCGGGACCUGCGGGGUGGAGUGGAGUGGGGGUGGGCACGUCCGUCACACCCUGGGGUCCCCCACCCCCCACCCACCGUCGCUCCCUCCACCUGCUGACUCCUACUCUUUCACUCCUAGUGGUUGUGGGGGGUGGGGGGGGGGAGAGGGAAAUCCUCCCUCCCCGGAUAGUGGGCAGGUGGGCGAUCGCUCCGCGCCCCUUUCCCGUGCGCAAGCGUGAGGGGAGAGAGGCGGGAUAACCGUUACCCCGGACCCGCCGCCGAACGAGCGGAAAAGAAAGCACGAUGAUUAAAACACACACACAUACACACACACACACACACACACACACACACACACACACACACACACACACUCACACACACACACACACACACAGACACACACACACACACACACUCACACACAGACACACAGACACACACACACAGACACACACACACAGACACACACACACACACACACACACACUCACACACACACUCACACACACACACACACUCACACACAGACACACACACACACACACUCACACACACACACACACACACACACACACACACACUCACACACAGACACACACACACACACACACACACACACACACACA